AUGUCCUCGGCACCUACCACAUCUCCAUCUGUGGACAAAGUGGACGGAUUUUCACGGAAGUCUGUCAGGAAGGCCAAGCAGAAGCGGUCACAGAGUUCGUCGCAGUUCCGCUCUCAGGGCAAACCCAUAGAGCUCACGCCCUUACCGCUGCUCAAGGACGUGCCGGCACCAGAGCAGCCGGAGCUGUUCCUGAAGAAGCUGCAGCAGUGCUGUACUGUCUUUGACUUCAUGGACACGCUGUCGGACCUCAAGAUGAAGGAGUACAAGCGCUCCACGCUUAACGAGCUGGUGGACUAUGUGACCGUUAGCCGGGGCUAUCUAACAGAGCAGGCCUACCCUGAGGUUGUCAAAAUGGUGUCUCACAACAUAUUCCGAACCCUUCCGCCCAGUGACAGUAAUGAGUUUGACCCUGAGGAGGAUGAGCCCACACUCGAAGCCUCCUGGCCACACUUACAGUUGGUAUAUGAGUUCUUCAUUCGGUUCUUGGAGAGUCAGGAAUUCCAGCCCAGCAUUGCCAAAAAGUACAUAGACCAGAAGUUUGUCCUACAGCUCUUGGAGUUGUUUGACAGUGAGGAUCCUCGAGAGAGAGACUAUCUGAAGACAGUCUUGCACAGAAUCUAUGGCAAAUUCCUGGGGCUGAGGGCUUUUAUACGAAAACAGAUCAAUAAUAUUUUUCUACGUUUUGUUUAUGAGACAGAGCACUUCAAUGGGGUGGCUGAGUUGCUGGAGAUCUUGGGGAGUAUAAUCAAUGGUUUUGCUCUGCCGCUGAAAGCAGAACAUAAACAGUUUCUGGUCAAGGUGUUGAUCCCCCUCCAUACUGUCAGGAGUUUGUCCCUCUUCCAUGCACAGUUGGCAUAUUGCAUUGUACAGUUCUUAGAGAAAGACCCAACAUUAACAGAACCAGUUAUCAGGGGCUUACUGAAAUUCUGGCCGAAAACAUGCAGUCAAAAAGAGGUGAUGUUUCUAGGAGAGCUGGAGGAGAUUCUGGAUGUCAUCGAACCCACACAGUUUGUCAAGAUCCAGGAGCCACUUUUCAAGCAAAUCUCCAGAUGUGUUUCCAGCCCACAUUUCCAGGUUGCGGAGCGAGCUCUGUACUACUGGAACAACGAAUACAUCAUGAGUUUGAUCGAGGAGAACUCGAGCGUCAUCCUGCCCAUCAUGUUUGCCAGCCUCUACAGGAUCUCCAAAGAGCACUGGAACCCGGCAAUUGUGGCGCUGGUAUACAAUGUACUGAAAGCCUUCAUGGAGAUGAACAGUACCUUAUUUGAUGAACUCACAGCCACUUACAAGUCGGACCGCCAGCGGUAA